CCCGAGCUCUCCGAAGCAUCCAGGCGCUAGAAAGCCACCAAAACCCUAGGAGAAUCCCCAAAUCUCCCGUAUUUGAUCGGCGCCACUCAUCUCUCCGAUCUCCGGCGAGGUUUCCGUUCGCUUAUUCCGCCAGGAUGGAAGGGAGUCCGACUUCUUCCGACUCCAAUGCUGCGAUCUCGGCCGCUGCGGCGGGUGGGAGGAGGGAAAGGGUUGGAGAGGUUGAUUGCUUCGAGCUGUCUUCUUCCAGCGUCCUCAAGCUCCUCAAAGGGGACAUCACUUCGUGGUUCGUGGAUGGGAAGACAGAUGCUAUUGUGAAUGCAGCUAACGAGAAAAUGCUAUAUCCUCAUGAAGAAGCAUCCAAAAUAGCCAUAUCUGCAAUUAAGGAGUUCCCACGUGAUUUCAAAGAGGUAUACUUUGUGCUAUUUUCAGAUGAUACCUACAGAGCAUUUCUGGGGACUGCUCUCGAGUUCAUGUGAAGCUCUCUCUGCAUGAUACCCGAAAUAAAUAUGUAAUGUUUGGGACAUGAAUUUGAGUUUCAUUUAGGAGCGUUUGCUGUUUUAUAUAUUUUC